CCUCGUCAUUUUCUUGGAGUUAUACUCCUGCCGGCCGGCCUGGAAGAGGAUCGAUCAGCAAGCUAGUAGCCAAGGGGCCAGUAGGAACAAACAAACAGCCGCAUAAAUCCAUCCCCCUUCUCGCAGUUGCAGGCCGGCUGCCGUUCGAGAGCCAAACUUCGGAGACCCCCGGAGCUGAUCUGACCUCUCUCUCCUCCUCUUCUCGGCGCUGGGAACGCCAUGGCUCAGCAGCAGAAGAACGCGCACGUCCCGAAGUUCGGCAACUGGGACAACGAUGGCAACGUGCCGUACACGCUCUACUUCGAGAACGCGCGCAAGGGCAAGGGCGCCGGCGGCAAGAUGAUCAACCCCAACGACCCCGCCGAGAACCCGGAGGCCUUCUCCAUCGCGGCGCCGUCGCCGAACCGCUCCGACGCCGGGAGGUCGUCGUCGCCGGCACCACCGCCGGCCUCGCGGCACGAGCGCCGGCCUAGCAGCGACGCGCCGCCGCUGUCCCCCAACCCCUACGCCGGGUCCCCCUACCACCGCCACGCCGGCGGCGAGGCCCCGAGGAGAGGCGGCGGUGGGAGGACUGGCGGCGGGUACAGCGUCGAGCAGUCGCCGGUGCACCCGUACAGCUCCGAGAGCGGGGGGUACGGCCUCGUCGCGAACUCCGUCGAGCGGUCCCGGGCCAAGGGUGGCUUGCGCGGCAAUGAGACGCCGACGAGGGGCUCGGCGGUGCCCAAGUUCGGCGACUGGGACUCGAACCCGGCGUCGGCGGACGGCUACACGCACAUCUUCGACAAGGUGAGGGAGGAGAAGCAGACCCAGGCCGGAAAGCCAGCGGCGUCCGGCAAAGACGCCGCGCGUGGCAACGGCAACAAGCAUUACGACGACGGCUACGUCUCAUCAUCGAAGUUCUCAUGCUUUGGAUGGUGCAAAUAGAGAUGGCAUGGCAUGAUGGAUGGUGAUGGAUACAAAUGCCGGUUCCUUUGGGGACUCCGAAUUUGGAGAAAGAGCGAUUGUGAUUCAGCCUAGACUUCAUGCUCCAUAAUCUUUUUGUGAUAGCUUUAUUUUUUGGAAGUGAUAUAUAGAGCUGUCCAUGGUAACUGUUAUGCUAGAGUAAGCAUUGCAUUGUUUGUGUUGGUUAUUCAGUACUGGAUUUACAGUGAAUGUAUGAUAUUGGUGUGUGAUUUUGUUCUUGGUACUCUCAAAGCUUAGUGUUGCAUUAUCAGAAAACAAAACGUAUAUAGCUUCAAUGUUUGCCCU